AUGUCUGCCAGCCCAUCUCCAUCCGCUAGUGGCGAUAGCAAGCAGAGCGAUCAGAUUCAUUUCAAGUUCUGCCGCGAAUGCUCCAACUUGCUCUACCCGAAAGAGGACCGCAUCAACAAUCGCUUAAUGUUCACAUGCCGAACCUGCCAUGUCGGCGAGCCUGCGACUUCAUAUUGUGUUUACCAAAAUAAGCUCAGCAGCCAAGUUGGCGAUACUGCUGGUGUGACUCAGGACGUUGGAAAUGACCCUACGCUUCCCCGAUCCAACAAGCUCUGCCCGAGCUGCGGUGAAGCUGAAGCCGUGUUCUUCCAGUCUCAACAGCGAUCCGCGGAGACAGGAAUGAAACUUUACUUUGUUUGCUGCGCGUGUGGAAACGUUUUCGUAUAA